AUGCCGUUUAAUGUCGAUGCGACUACUAUGGCGCAGAAGCUAUCGUCGCUUCCUGGUUUGACUGGGACUUUGGUCUCGUUAGGGCGAGUAGUCUCGAAUUGGGAGUACGAGUGGAUAGUUACAUACACACACGCGUAUCUCGAUGUACCUUUACUGGAACUUGACAAAGCCAGUGUUGCAGGGUCUGCUGUGUACACAAAAACCACGAGACUACAGAAAGGUUUCGGUAUUGACGGCGUCAAAGUGGCUGUCGAGGUGUCUUCCAAUAACCAGGACUAUUCUACAAGUGGAAACGUGUAUCACUACACUCCAACGCCUGAUGUAUAUUCGCUCCAUCCGAAUCAUGGGCCUCUAAUAGGAGGAACCGAAGUUGUCGUUACUGGUAUUAAUUUCCAGAACACGAGUAGUCUACGUUGUAAGUUUGGUGAACGCGCUACAGCAGCCGCAACAUUUAUCAACUCGACACAGUUCACGUGCAUAUCUCCUAGUGGUCUUAACGAAGGCGACGUGUACGUGGAAAUAACCAACGAUGGACUCUUUGGGGAGUCGAUCUUCACAAGCAGUAGAAACGUCUUCACGUACGAUCCAGAGAUGAAAAUUGACUCGGUUUUCCCUUCUUCAGGACCGAUAACGGGGAAUUUCUCGGUUCAAAUAACAGGUGGACCAUUCAAGAAAACCGACACUAUACGUUGCAAGUUCGCUGAGAUUGUUGUGGUGGCCAGUUGGAUGAGUUACGAUGAAGUUUUGUGUACCGCACCACCUCAUAGCCAAGGCGUUUUCACGCUGGAAUUGACUCGAAAUGGCCAGGACUUUACAGAUACACUGAUACCGUUUACAUAUUACGAGGAACAAGGAGUCCGUUCCAUUUCCCCCACUUUUGGCCCAGCACAUGCAGCUGGAACUCGAAUUGAUGUGGACGGAGUGGCGUUGGUGAAUUCUUCCUUGCUAUCCUGUCGCGUCGGCUACGUCGUGACUCCCGGUGAGUACAUUAGUCCAACAAAGAUGCGAUGCACAACGCCACCUCUACCGACUCACAGUGGUGGCCUCGUGCCUGCGUCGCUGCCGGAGUAUCGAAAUCAAUACGUUGAUCCAAAUGUUGGCAGCUUCUACUUGUUCCCGGACGCGCAUUACUAUCCGCAGUACUUUACCCGAUUAGUGUCCGUGGAAGUGUCCAACAACCAGCAGGAUUUCUCUCUCAGUGGAAUCAACUUCCUGUACUACCAAGACGAAACUCUCGAGGCCAUCGCCCCAACUCAAGCGUUCGACAGUGACGAGCCUCUGUUGAUUUUUGCCUAUGGACAGAACUUCAUUAACACGACAGCGUUGGCCUGUCGUCUUGGACUGCAGACGUUUGCAGCGACGUUCGUGACCUCGAAGUUAUUGCUGUGCGAGGUAGCACAUCCGAUGUUGUACGACGAUUCAAGAAGGAGUUCAGAUAAAUUCCACGACCUCACACAGCCAAGACACGCGUUGUUUGAGGUGUCCAACAACGGGAAAGAUUUCACCACCAGCCACGUCAUAUUUGAGUUCCUAGGAGCCUGUCCGACCGGGUACUUCUGUCCGAAACAGCUUCAGGGAUCAAACGGGAAAAUUCCGUGUCCUCGAGGCACGUACUGUCCGGGUGUAGGCAACUCUGCCUUCACUUUGUGUCCGAGAGGGGCGUACCAGCCCAAAACUGCGCAAGCUGCGUGUCUUCGAUGUCCGAUAGG